ACUGUGAGCGUGUGUCUGUCUCUCUUUCUUUCUCUCUGUGUCUCCCGGGGAGCAUCUUUGGAGCGGAAGGAAGCGGCGGCAGAGUGGUGGUGGGGAGAGAGGGAGAGGCGGAGGGAGAGAUGGAGACGGUGGCGUUACUGUGUACGACGGGGCUGGUGUUCGCGGGUCUGUACUGGUUCGUGUGCGUGCUGGGAGCGGCGGAGCAGAAGGGGAAGAGGGCGGUGGAUCUGGGCGGCGGCUCCAUCUCCAGGGAGAAGGUGGAGGACAAGUACAAGCAGUACUGGGCCUUCUUCCGGAAGCCCAAGGAGAUCGAGCGGGCGGAGACGGUGCCGCACUUCGUGGACACCUUCUACAACCUCGUGACCGACAUUUACGAGUGGGGAUGGGGGCAGAGCUUCCACUUCUCCCCCUCCGUUAAGGGGAAGUCCCACAAGGAGGCCACCAGGCUUCACGAGGCCCACGCGGUUGACCUCCUGAACGUCGGCCCCGGCGACCGGAUCAUCGACGUCGGGUGCGGCGUCGGAGGGCCGAUGCGAGCCAUCGCCGCGCAUUCUGGUGCCAACGUCGUGGGGAUCACCAUCAACCAGUACCAGGUGGAACGGGCCAAGACCCACAACAAGAAGGCGGGGCUGGACUCCCUCUGCGAGGUCGUCUGCGGCAACUUCCUCCAGAUGCCCUUCCCUGAUGCCAGCUUCGAUGGAGCGUACUCCAUUGAAGCCACUUGCCAUGCCCCGAAGCUCGAGGACGUCUACUCGGAGGUCUUCCGGGUGCUCAAGCCUGGGAAGCUCUACGUCUCCUACGAGUGGGUGACGACGCACAAGUACCGGCCGGAAAAUGCGGAGCACGUCGAGAUUAUCCACGGGAUCGAGCAGGGAGACGCGCUGCCUGGGCUGAGGAGCUACGCGGACCUCCCGGAGGUGGCCAGAAAGGUCGGUUUCGAGGUGGUGAAGGAGGAGGACCUGGCUCUGCCACCUGCAUUGCCGUGGUGGACGAGGCUGAAGAUGGGGAAGCUGGCCUACUGGCGGAACAACCUUGUGGUGAUGGUGCUCACCUUCCUCGGUAUCGCUCCGAAGGGCGUUGAUGAUGUCCACGAAAUGCUGUUCAAGACCGCCGGUUACCUCACCAGGGGAGGCGAGACCGGAAUCUUUACCCCCAUGCACAUGAUUCUCCUCAGGAAACCCAUCUCUUCGUAAAGCGAGAACAAAAAGAAAAAUAAAUGGUGUUCACAGAGGAGAACCAUGAGCAAAGCAGAAGCGAGCCGCAUCCAAAAGCUUGACGAAUUGAAGGUUGCCCUUGUGGUACAAGCAAUCCUCUUUCUCUCUCUAUGUAUCUCUCUGGUAGUUAUUGGUAAUUAAGUUUGUUUUAGUUAGGAAUGCAUAGAUCUCAGGAAAGAGGGAGUGAAGAAGAUGUUGUUCUUUUCCCUUGCUUUCUUUCUUUUUGUUUUUUUUCCUUUUCUUUCCCUUGGGUUUAAUGUACUGGUUACUUUCUGAUCUUUGAUGUUUGUGAGGAAGACGGGGGGAGGGGAACUGAAGCUAAUUUAAUUAUCGUCUAUUUGGUUUUC